AUGGAUCUGAUCCCGGAGGACGACUGUAUCAACGAAGAUGGUGGUGACUCAAACCAGGAUGUCAUGGACAACGUAUCAGUCCUCUCAUUGGGGGAAGAGAAGCAAGCCGGCGUCUUCGAGACAACUUCGGUAAAUCAAGGUCCUCCAGUAGAGGUUUGGGCUCCUAAGCCACAGCUAGGAGAGAACGCGUGGUACCAGCUCAUCGCUAAUGCAACUUUACAACGUCAAUAA